AUGGAGUAUAUAGACACGAUGGGCACCAACAAACAACAGGAAGAAAUCCAACUCAAAGAACCUCUUUCGUUUUCAAGGCCUCUCGCUAGACCACCAUCGAUAUCUGGAUGUACAGAGUAUAAAGAUCGUGAUUCAAUUCAGAGCAGCUCAUUCACAUCGGAAAGUUCAUCAGUUCUAAGUUCGUCAUCCACUUUGAUCGAUGAUAAAUCGUCGAAUUCAUCGUUAGCAUCUCCUGCCCUGAGCGCAAAUUACAAAAGAAAUUCAACGGAGGUACUGCCCGAAAAGAUUCUGAUACAUGCGUCGACUUUCCCUUCAGCAUCUGAACCUUCGUAUAGUACAUGUACACCUUCACCGUUGUCAGCAUCUCAUAGAAGUUCCCUUUCGUUUUCACGGAGUAGAUCGCGGAGCAUAGCAAUGAAGUCCAAUAGCUUGCCCGCUAUUCCAACAAUAUGUCCAAAAGAUCUCCGAUUUCCUAAACAUAAAGACUGCUCGUUUAUUAGCCCUGCGGACUUGCACCAUUAUAUUGAAAAUAUGGACCAGAAUCCCAAUGAAAAACUGAUAAUAUUCGAUACAAGGCCGUUCAUAGAGUUCAACAAAAAUCACAUCAGAUCGGCAAUGCACUUGUGUCUUCCCUCGACUUUACUGAAAAGGAAAAACUUCAAUCUGGAAAGGUUGAUAGGUAAUCUACCUUCCCCAGGAAGGGAAACUUUAUCGGAAUAUUUAUUGGGCAGUGACAGCGCCACUGCAAAUGCCAAGGUGGUUAUUUACGAUAAUGUGGCAAACCAGACAGAUUAUGCAGUAUCAUUGGCAUGUUUCGGAAUAUCUUCUAAGAUCCUCGAUCAUGUAAGUGACAAACAAAAGCCUUCUGUUUUCAUUCUCGCAGAAGGUUUUGAAUCAUUUAAUGCAGCAUAUCCUGAUGACGUCGAAGUUGGUACCAUGGAUUUGGAAGACUCUUAUACCUUAGAUUCCCCAUCUUCCCCUCAUCAGGCAGACAAUAUUUCUCCAGUUCAACCGCAGUUGAAACACUCUGGUAGAUCUCAUUCGCAUUCUUGUUCUCCUUUGAAACAGCCACCACAAACCGGUAACAGUAGGACUCUAUCUGGUUCCCCAAUAUCCACAUCAUCACCAUUAUCAUCUUUGUUUGGAUUUAAACUGCCGGCACCGAUAAAUAAUCAACAUUUACCAACUUUUAAGUUACCGCAGAUUGAGCAUGACAUUUCCGAUCUAGAUAAUUAUGUGAAGGCCGUAGAGAUCAAUGAACGCUCUCAAAGAAAUUCUUUCUUAGAAUCAGAAAAUGACCUAAGAUCCUUCAAAUUUCCUGCUUCACCGUCCAAACAGUUCAGUACCGAUGCGACUUCGUCAUCAUUUACUUCAACUCAAACAGCAUUAUCGCCAGCAGAUCCUUCUAGUGGCCACAAUUCAUCUAAACUAAAUUUCCAAGUUAAAUAUGAUAACCUAUACCACAGAUUUGCUUCAGAGGAGAUCAAUCAGGUAGUUCCUUCCUGGUUCUGCCAAUUAAUGGACAUUCCAAAACUGCACUUUAUAUCUAAGUUCCAAAGAUUGGAGUUAUUAGAAAGAAAAAGACUUCAGAGAUUAUUGGGCCCCUCAUCGUCCGCUUCAAUUGUCAGCACUCAAUCUCGGUCUACUGUAGCUGGUAACGACAGAUGUGUCGAAGAUGGUCAUUAUGAUGUUGAUGAGGAUGAUGCUGAAGAGAACUUACAAAGCAUCACAAUAUCAUCUGGGGUAGAAUUUGGGACGAAGAAUAGAUAUAAGGAUAUAUUUCCUUAUGAGCACACAAGAGUAAAGCUCUCGCAUUCUAGUAUAUGCAGUGCUGGCUGUGAGAAUUCAACCCCUUCCCCGAGAUCUUCCGCAUAUAGUUCCUGUGCUAGUGGCUUGCCAACUCAAGAUGAACAAGAGGAUGUUUGGAAUACCUAUAUUAAUGCUAACUAUUUGGUUAAUCCUUUUGCCCAACUUCAGCAAAGCUCUACCGCUGACAUCAAGUCUGUACGUUAUAUUGCCACCCAAGCUCCUUUGAAAGAGACAAUUUCGGACUUCUACACCUGCAUUCUGAACAACAAUGUGCCCAUAAUUCUAACGCUAACUGAUGAGUUUGAAAAUGGAGUUGAGAAGUGUUGCAACUUUUGGGCAAACGGUAACUAUGAUGGUAUAAACGUCAAACUUCUGGAUGAAUUUAGUACUAUGUUACAAGAUAAACCAAUGAAGGCAGAAUCUAACCAUGAGGAAGAUAUGUUUGCAUCUAAGUUUUGGAGACAUCUUAAAUUAAACAAAACUUCAGACAAUAACAAUGAGAUCAUCAUUCGAAGAAUUGAACUGAGCUAUAAUAAUGAUAGAAGUAAGUUCCAACUAUUGCAAUUACAGAUAAAAGACUGGCCAGACUUAGGGACAUUGCUCAAACCAAACGAAAUUCUGCAAAUAAUCAAUUUGAAGAAUUUUGUCAUUGAUAGUCUGUUCGCACAUAACGUGUACUCUCCUAAUUACACACCGACUGUGCUCGUUCAUUGUUCUGCUGGAUGUGGUCGAACAGGUACUUUGUGCACUGUUGAUUCCAUAUUAUCAAACCUAAAGAAGUUUGAUACCGAUGAGAAUCCUUCUUUGUAUGGCGCCUUCGCCGUACCGUUAACUCCUAAUCUUUCUCCAACUACAAAAUCUAAUUCUUUUUCUGCUACGAAACCACCAACAAGUCUCAUGUUUGAUCCAAUCGUGACAACCGUAAACCAGUUCAGAAGACAGCGUAUUUCUAUGGUUCAAAAUAUCAACCAAUUUCUCUUCAUUUAUGAUUGUCUAUUAUUCUAUUUUACAUUGAAUUUGGAGACUUCACCAACAGACCCUGAAAAGCGUAAUAACUGGCAGUCUAUGACAGACGAGAACUCACACCUUGACAUUUUGCACAAAUUUAUAGACGGAAAGGUAAAUGAGCUACAGCAAGUCUGA